CUCGUAUCGUAAAGACGAUGCGAAGGUGCUGAGGAACUCGCAAUAUCUUUUUAUCAAAACAAUAACAAGUUCUCUAUUCACCUGUGCCGAAUUCUUCUUGGUGUUUUUAAUCCGUUAUGAGGACAAUUUCGCAAGGAUUUUUCGACAGAUCGUUUAAAAACCGGUGAUGACGAACAAACGAGAAAAAGUGCCAUAUUCCCACCAUGUGAUCACAACACUCUUGUUCAUUAGCCUGAUUUUAAAUUGUGCAAAUGCUGCUCCUUCUUACAGUGUGAAUGUUUCACCGACUACCGUUGGUAUAGGCGAUAGUGUUACGUUAUCAUGUCGGAUUACUGACCCUUCUGGGUUCACUGUGCAGUGGAGGAAAGCUAUCAAUGGUGAAUUCAAAGAUGUUGGAACCGCAACUAAAAAUGGUUGCAAAUUAAACAGACAGCUUGAUAGCACAAACUACAGAUGGGAUAUCUGUGGUGCUGCGACAAAUGUCUCCCCAAGAGACUUUAAUUUAAAGAUAAUCAAAGCUCGACCUGCUGAUGCUGGUACAUGGGAUUGUAUUGAUAUUGGGAAGGGCACGCCUAGUGACCGUGUGGAAGUCAAAGUACAAGUGCCACCACACACGCCUACAGUGACUGGCCUGGACAAACCAGUGGGUGUAGGGACGACACAUACCUUGACAUGCGAUGCCCACCAGCCGGGAAUAUCAAACUCCAUCGCCUAUACCUGGUAUAAGGACAACAUCGCCAAAGCUACUCUCAGUGAUCUGUCCUUUAAUCCGGUCUCGAAAGCAGAUGCCGGAUCAUAUAGGUGUGAAGCGAAGAAUGCUGUUGCAACUACAACUAGCAAGAGUCUAGACUUUGAAGUGUAUUACCCACCUAAUACAAUAACCCUUUCAUCAACAAAAUCAGUGCGUCCAUUAAACCAACGAGAGACAUUCACCUGUAUGACCUCUGGAAGUAACCCGCCCAAUCCAAUACUGACCAUCUACCGAGAUAAGGGCGGGAAAAAGGAGCUUCUUACUAGACCUGGGCCAACAAUCCUAUUGAAUGAUCGGACGAUGGCAAAAUCAGACAACCAGGCCAAGUUUUAUUGCGAGUCGAGUGUGAGCGGCUAUCCGAGUAUGUUCAAGAAAUCCAAUGAGAUUACGUAUACAGUAUAUUAUCCACACACCGUGACCUUGCUGACUAACUCAACAAGGACAGUGGUAGCAGGAACGACCUUCACCUCAACCUGCAAUGCCACUGGUGGAAACCCAGAGAACGUCAAGCAGUACAGGUGGACACGAAACGGAAAGACGCUGCAGUCGACGUCCCGUGUUUAUUACCGUUACGACGUGAAAUAUGACGACGGAGGAAACUAUGGGUGCACUGCAACAAAUGAUGGUGGUUCCACAUCAGACAGUAUGAACAUAACUGUAAAUUACCCACCAAUAUGGAACCCUGCACUUCCUGAAGUCCUGACAACGACCGCCACCUUGAACCAGCCGGCCAAAUUCACUCUCCACGUCAUAGCUAACCCAGUCGCUACGGUUGCUACCUGGUUCCGCUACCACAGCUCUACAAACUUCACAGCCCUGGACUCCGAUUUCACCCCUGCAAAGGUCAAUGAGACGACGUACACUUUAGAGAUAAAAUCAGUAAAGCAAGACUAUUUUGGGCAAUAUAAGGUGGAUGUCACAAGCCCAACUGGUCCAAGCGCAUUCAUUUUCAAAUUGACACCACCUGGUCCGCCCUCUGCACCCAGCAUUCUCAAAGUAGUCAACUCAUCUGCCGUAGCAGUGACCCUCAAAUGGAUCUCAGAAUUCAAUGGUGAUUCGGAGCAGAGAUUUUACAUCCAAUACAAGAAGUCUGCAGAAAACUGGGAUGUUGCAACGGAGGUUCCCAAAGGAGGAAUAACUGAUCCAGGUCUCAAGAAAGCCGUGUAUCAUAAGGUUAUGGGUCUUGAGUCGAAUGUCUGGUAUAUGUUUCGGGUGCGCAGCAAUAAUUCUAUGCCGGGAACUCACGCGAGUAACUUCAGCAACAUAACAUCAGGGAAAACACCAGAGAAACCCGAACUGUCCCUCAUAUCUGUAAAUCGGAUACGUAAAAAAGUAACCGUGGAAUGGGAACGAGUGACCGGAAAAUAUACAGGGCUAAAGAUCAGAUACUGCCUGACCGGCACGGACGACUGCAUGACUUACGCCGUGCCUAAACCAGAGGAAACCCAUGCAACCUUUUUUGUUGAUCCCGAUAAGACAUAUUAUUAUUAUGUACUGGUCGAAGAUGGUGAUGAUGUUGUAUACAGGAGCAGGUUCUUCAAUGAUGAAGUUGAUGACAAGAUAAACAUAGGUGUUGCUGCUGUAGGCGGUCUGGUUGGAGCAGGCAUUGUAGCGAUAACAGGCGUCAUUCUGGCUGUUGUUCUAUGGAAACGUGGUCUGGUGCGAUGGGGAAAGAGGCACAGUCACCGACCUGAAAAUGACACCGUUGAUUACGAUGAUACCAGAGUUGAAUUCACAACACCCGGGAAUCGCCCUAUACACACCUCCGCCAACAUUGGGACUGGGUACGCUAAUGUUGUGUUUCACCCUGAACGCUCGCUUGAACAACCCCCACAGCCAAUGCCUAUGGGGCACCACCUUUCAGUUCACGGAAUCCGUGGGAAUGAGCCCGCCGACUCAAACGAUGUCGUGGACGGUGAAGUGGGUGCGUACGAUUACGCGACAUGGCAGCAGGGUGUCCCAGGUCAACUCAGAAUCCUAGAAGAGGGGCAGCCUGACCAAAGCACAGCAGAGAGCAGUUCAGGCAAAGCUAAUCGGGGCCAUGGUCGUACUCCAUGUCGUUUGAAUGACAAUAUGGCAAACGAGCAAGAGUCACUAUAUGCGCAUAUUGAUCCAGAAGGGCCAGUGAAGCAUGGAGAGUAUUUGGACUUCAGACAACUAAGUUCAGAAUAAUAGGGUAUCCUCAUCCCAAUAGGCGGCGCUGAUUAUGAAUUGGAUAUACCCUAGUGACAGUCAGCACCACGUCGGGGCGGCCGUGGUUUUGCUGGUACCCUAUUGAGACCUAUAUGAAAACUCUUGAAGGGACACCCAUGUCGAGGUGUUUGUCUGUACUUUUGACAACAUCGACGUACAGUUGGCGCCCGUGUAUAACAUGAUGUACUGUAUUGUUAACGUAGUAUAUAGGGAAGGUUGUGACCGUCAGUUACGUCAACCGGUUUUCGUUGAUACUUGACUCCAUCAAGGCCGCAUAAUUCCGCUGAAAAACUUUAACAGCUAGAAGUUAUUUUUGCCGCAAAAAAGUCGUUACCAGUAUAUCUUCACAAAUAACGGUUUUUGUAAUAUAUUGCGUACAUUUGAGCACUAUGACAGAAGUACUGUGGUAGCGUACCUGGAUAUGGAUCAAAGUCGAGCUUCCUGACGUAACCGAAGGUCUCCACCAGUCCAAUCAAGGUAUAGAUAUGAACGAUAUACAAAGUCUGCAUUAUACGUAUGUACACCCGAGAAGAGUCUAGCAGCCCUAUUGGUGGGGAGGUAACUAUAGUAGACACAAUUUUUAUGGAGUUUUAAGGAUUUUAAGGGUAAUUCGUUGAAGGAGAACUUUCUCUCAUUAGACUAACUGAUGGAGUGCGGCGAACGUGUUCGAAUGCGGGCUUGGCGAUUGCUCCCCGAAUCUGGUGAUUAAAAAGCAAUUCGCCGUUCAUUACUCCGAGUGGAAGACCAUGCGUUUGUUCGGUUCUUCGCCGAGUACGAAUACUUCUCUUCUUGGUAAAGAAGAACGUGUUUUCCUUCGGCAGAAGCCGCCUAUACGCGCGGUGUCUACCGAGACGAGCUCGCUCGCUCUUGCUUUCGGUACUUUAGCCCUUUGCCGGUGUUGUUGGUGGAGUCGAUGUGUGUAUUAUAUAAUCAUAUUUAUAAUCAUAUUUAUUCAUGUAAAUUAAAUUACAUUACAAAUGUGCAAAAGUACAAGUGCAACAAAAGUACAAAAAGUGAUGACAAAGAAAUGAAAGACCCUCCCAAUCCCUACAUAAUUAUAAGGCAUAGACAUUUUCACAGGGCUACCCAGUACAGAGUACCCCAAGAAUUACAUUCAUAUUGUCGAUAUCUAUCCCCGAAAGUGAGUCUCUAUACAUUAAAAAAUAUCUGAUAACAGCAGCAGUUUGCUGCAGUCUAUAAAACUCGGCCUUUAAAGGUACCUUGAAAGUUAGAGGAACGUGGUUUCUGGGUAUAUCUAACUCACUAGCCAAGUGUGAGAGUGUAUUUGAUACAUUGGAGCCACUGCCAUUCAAAAAAAGCGUACUCGCAAGAUUAACAUAGAUAUUGGAAUUGUUUACAGCCUUACGAUAAAAGUUUAAAAAUCUGUUUUGUAACUAUAUUUUUAUUGAACAGGUAUCUAAUAUUAGUGGCAACAGGGCACAAUGAGUCCAAGGGUGAAGUCUACAUAAUUUCCGAACCGCUUUUCUCCAUGCUGUAUAUAAUACGCCUACUACUUUAUUAUUUAAAUCCCACAGGACUGCACCAUAGAGUGACGUGCAUGAGUAAAAAAGUUUGAUUUUUGUUUCAAAAUUGCAAAAAUAAAAUUUUGAUAUUAGGACAUUUACCCGCCUAUUGAAAUCUGAUACUGUUUUAUGUAUGUCUUGAUUAUUUACCCUCAUUCCAAUUAAGUUUCCUAAAUGGAGAGCAGUAGCUUCAGCAGUUACAGGAAUACCCUGAAAAGUGAUAACUAUUGGUAUAAGAUUUCCACCACCCGGUUCCAGACAGAAAUAUAACAACUGACAUUUCGCGGGAUUGAAUUUGAUGCUAUAAUCAUUUGAGUAUAAUAUAGAAACUUGUAAUUGUGUGUAUUACGGGCAGUGUGCUUGGCGUUGCCGUUUUUUACAUUGCCACGGCAGCAAUUUUUGGACGUUUCUUUGAAGCCGCCUAAAAUUUUGCCCGCUUCUAG